AAUUGCUCUCAGCUUUUUAUGGGUAAGUCAAAAUAUGCCUGUCUCUUCCACCUGCCUGGCUUGUAUACCCCAACGUCAACCAGACUGUGUAUUACCACGCUGAGGCAUGACUGACUGAUGGACGGAAACUUGUAGGCCGGCGCCGCAGCGUAUCUCGCUCACCUGUUCGUAUCGUCUCUGAUGUCCCGCUGGCUUCUGCACUAUUCACCUUUCGCGGUCCUGGUGCGGCUCUGCAGCCUCUCGAUACUAUUGUCGUUUGUGUGCAUGCAGAUCUUCCGGAUCUCGGCGGCGUUGGAACCCGACAUUUUCAAACUCAGCAGGAGCUUGUUGGCGUGGAUCAUCAGUUCGAUCAUUUUGAUGCUCGUGUACUUUUGUACGCAGCAGGACAUUGCGGUUGAGGGGGACAGAGAUGACCGACAACGGCGACAGAUUUUGCGGCUCAAGUGUCUGUACGUGAUUUCGGCUUGCAGUCUUUUCAGCUUGCUUGUGUUCAUUUGUGUUGUACAAUUCGACGGGAUGCCGGCGCAGAUGUUUUGGUUGGAGGAGUCGGUGGCCCCAGUGCUCGAGCGCUGGUCGAAGAGGGAACUCUGAUGGAGGUGCCCUAUGGCAGGGUCCUAUACAAUGUAUCAUCACGAGCAGCCCGAAGAAGGGCUGCUCGAAAGCACGAUGUCUGCAUCUAUGUGCGUCUUAGACUGUAUCUGAUGAUCUGAGUUGUGGCCUUUCGCGGUCUGCUUUCGAGGAGGGGUCCGUGGUGAGACCUCG